AGCCUUCACAUCCAUCAUCGCUGUAGCCUCAGAACCGUGGAAGCAGCCAGGCCCAGGCGAAGUGCCCGGGCAAGGGGUCCCAGGCCCACAAAGGCUCUGGUCAGGAGUAAGUGGGUCUGGGGUCCUCGUAAAGAGUGGGAGUGGGUCAGUAGCAAGGGGCUCCCUCGGGCUGGAGGGGAACAGGGACCCAGGGGUGUGAGGGCAAAUGAGACCAGACCCAGGGGUGGGGGUGGAAGAGAAGGGAAGGAAACAGGGAGCAUCGCAUGCUUAUAGAUAAAUGUACUUGUGCCUCUAACUCCCCCGGGGACCCACCAGUCCAACGAUGGCCAGUGGGAUCCAGGGAUGUGCAGUAGUGCUGUCGUAUCCGGAUACCUUCUGGGGCUCAGUUUCCCCUUCUGUACGAGGAGGGCAAGGAGCUGGCCACGCUGGUGUCCGGACUCAGCAAGAUCGCAAGCGGAAGAUGCCCGCAUCCGAAGAUGCCGCCGGGAGACUGUUCGGCAGCCGACGAGCCAGCGCUGCCCCCUCCCCUUCCCCUCCCUCUCCCCGGCGCUGCCGCUGGCCCCCGCCCCCGCCCCGCCUCCAGCGUGCGAUGGGGGGCGGGCAGCGGGCAGAGUCGAGAGCAGCGAAGCCCAGCAGACGCUGCCACCUGAUCCCAUCCAGGCUGCGAGAGGCGAGCAACGGGUACUUGGUGCGCAGGGCCCCAGCACCCUCGGCCCCGCAGCGGAUCUCAGAAGAAGGGUUGGGAGGUAGCGGCGACCACCCGCCACCCAGGUCGGAGGCAGAGCCCUCGCGUGCCUCGCAGGAACCCUGGCCCUGCUGCCAGAGCCUCAGGAGCCCCCAUGAGCGCCAGCGAAGGGCGUCCCGGAUAGCGAGACCCUGGCCAGCCCGGGGGUGCGUGCCCCGUCAUGCCCACCAUCCUGCAGCGCCUGCAGCAGGCCACGAAGAUGAUGAGCCGCAGGAAAAUCCUGCUGCUGGUGCUGGGGUGCAGCACGUUGAGCCUCCUCAUCCACCAGGGGACACAACUCAGCUGGUACCCCAAGUUGUUCCCUCUGAGUUGCCCGCCCCUGCAGGACUCGCCGCCGCGCCCCAAGCACAUGACCGUGGCCUUCCUGAAGACACACAAGACUGCGGGCACUACGGUGCAGAACAUCCUGUUUCGCUUCGCGGAACGCCACAACCUGACGGUGGCCCUGCCACACCCGACCUGCGAGCACCAGUUCUGCUAUCCGCGAAACUUCUCGGCGCACUUCGUGCACCCGGCCACGCGCCCGCCACACGUACUGGCCAGCCACCUGCGCUUCGACCGGGCGGAGCUCGAGCGCCUCAUGCCACCGGGCACCGUCUACGUCACCAUCCUGCGCGAGCCGGCUGCCAUGUUCGAGUCGCUCUUCAGCUACUACAACCAGUACUGCCCCGCCUUCCGGCGCGUGCCCAACGCGUCGCUCGAGGCCUUCUUGCACGCGCCCGAGACCUACUACCGCGCGGGCGAGCACUUCGCCAUGUUCGCGCACAACACGCUGGCCUACGACCUGGGCGGCGACAAUGAGCGCAGCCCGCGUGAGGACGCCGCCUACUUGGCGGGCCUCAUCCGCCAGGUGGAGGAGGUCUUCUCGCUGGUCAUGAUCGCUGAGUACUUCGACGAGUCGCUCGUGCUGCUGCGGCGGCUCCUGGCCUGGGACCUGGAGGACGUGCUGUACGCCAAGCUCAACGCGCGCGCGGCCAGCUCGCGCCUGGCCAGCAUCCCCGCGUCUCUGGCGCAGGCCGCGCGCGCCUGGAACGCGCUCGACGCGGGCCUCUACGACCACUUCAACGCCACGUUCUGGCGCCGCGUGGCGCAUGCUGGCCGCGCCUGCGUGGAGCGUGAGGCGCGGGAGCUGCGUGAGGCCCGGGAGCGCCUGCUGCGGCGUUGCUUCGGCGAGGAGCCGGUGCUACGGCCAGCCGCGCAGAUCCGCACCAAGCAGCUGCAGCCCUGGCAGCCCAGCCGCAAGGUGGACAUCAUGGGCUACGACCUGCCCAGCGGUGUUGCCGGCCCGGCCACUGAGGCCUGCCUCAAGCUGGCCAUGCCCGAAGUACAGUACUCCAACUACCUGCUGCGCAAGCAGAAACGCCGGGUUGGUGUGCGGGCCCGGCCCGAACCGGUCCUGGACAAUCCCCCACCGCCUCGGCCCAUCCGGGCACUGCCCCGCAUUCCCCAAGGCCACUGAGCUCCUAGAGUCUGGCCUGGGGCUGCCUCCAGGUUCUGCCUCAUUUGGGCCCUGAUUUCCAAAAGGCUUAAGCCUCACGCCGUCCUUGGGGGUGCGUCUCCCUAUCUGAGCCCACCUCCCUGGGGUGGGCUGAACCCCGCCAUCCGGAAGGGUGCGGAUAGGCCCAACUGAGACCUGGGCCAUGCUGUCCUGCUUCCUAACUGGCUGGCGCCUUCUACAGGCGGCCUCGGGCUUGUCCAGAACUGUCUAGUCUGCCUCUUUCUGGGUCUUUUCCCAGCGAAUGAGCGCAGGCCGCAGAGAGGGGCUCUGCCUGCCAGCCUCCAGGGGCUCUUGCUCUUCUUCACAGGGGUCAGAGCCCCCCACACCACCUGUCUUCCAGGUUCCACCCUCACCACAGACCUAAGCUGCUCCCAGACUCCCAGAACCAAGAGUUCUUGGGUCGGGCUUUUUGUUGGUUUUUGUUUUUUAAAUAAAAUAUCCUUAAAAUGUG